CCCCCUGCCCCUGCAGCCGCUCUUCCAGGCGUUUUCAGCUUUCCCUAUGGAUUAAAGUCGGCGCAUUCUGCAGCUCUCAGGUUUCACUCUACACUACGAAUCCGGAGGGAUUGUCCUGCCCAAGCAGUCUAGCCCCACUCCUGAGGUUUCCGUCCUUGGAGAAGAAUGUGAACUUGUUAAGUUUUGCAGCUUUUGCAGCCUCGAAGUUGAAGGUGCACGGUACGAAAGCGCAACACAGGGGUCUGCAACAUUUCCCCACACACACACACACACACACACACACAUCUGCACACGCACACACACGCAGCCUGCGGAUGUAAAUAAGAUAUGAAGAGUGUGAGGACAAAAAGAGAGAGUGGAAUAAUGAAGCGUGAGUGCGGCUUCUGCAGCCUGCUGCUGUUUCAUGCCAUAGGAAUGAGGAUGAUGAUGUGGCGAUGAAGGAGGAAUGGUCGCAACCAAGGACAGUCCUGUGUGAGCACUAAACAGCUGGAACCGCUGGAACCGCUUUUGUGAUGGCUCUGGGAGCAGGGAUGAAGCUGAAAGUGAAGCGGCGCCACAUUGUGGUCUUUCUGUCUCUCCUCACCCUGUCAGUAGUGAUGAUAAACACAUAUUCACCUUUGCCCUGUGAACAGAAAUGUUUGCUAUCACAAGGGCCUCACCAACCCUCUGAGGCAGAAGCAAGGAUCUCUAAACAUCUACGUCCAAACAUACAUAGGGGAUCUUGGAAGCUUUCUAAAAUGAAAGCUUCAGAAAAGCACACACUAGUAAUUGACCAGCACCAACGUAGAGGCAAUAAACUACAGGAAAAUGUCAAUUUUUCAACCAGAAGUAAUGCAAAAAUAUUUGUGAAACUAAAACAAGGGUUUUAUCAAGGCAGAAACAAGCACUCCUCCAAGACAUAUAUGGCCAAUACAAAGGAAAGGUUGUCCAACCAACCAGGCAAUGGCAAUGACUCCAAAUAUGCCAGCCACCUUGUUCCCAGACAUGACCAAACCAUACCUCAGUCUGCCAGCAUGCAUUCCCUCCACCCAGACAUUAAGCCAUGCAGUCACAAAUGCACUCCAGAUGGGCGCAAACCAGAGGGGCUGAAGUGGAAAGCCAGUUUAGGGCUGUCUGCAGAACUUGAAUGGGCCUCAAAAGGAACCAAAACAUAUGAAAGACAAGCAAAGUUUUCUGGGAAGAAGCGGCACUACUCUAUGGUUGAAAACAACAGUGUCUCUGGAGAAGGGGCUGAGGGGAGGGACUUCAAGACUAGUUGGUGUGAGACUUUGCAUGAUCAGCAUUUCAGUGAAGAUUGGGCUCAAACUAGAGCUGAAUCUUUGCCCUGGUUUAGUGAGGAUGAUGUGAAGAAGAUGAAUCUCCUUGCCAGAGGCACUGUGUUGAGUAAAGCCAGAAUUCCAGGCCAUGGCCAAGUGCUUCAAGUGGGACUUGGUGGUUGCAAUGAAAACACCGCUCCACUUACGGGGGACCAUAACAGACUCUGCCACACAGAACAGUGUGCCCUGAUCAAGCGCCCGAGUGAUUGGUUUGAGGUUCUUGCAUUCCAUUUGGAUAGGAUCUUGGGUUUGAAUCGCAGUCUUCCAGCAGUGCUAAGGACUUUUCAUAGUGAUCUAUUACCAUAUAAGUAUACCAGUGGUUCUGGCAGACCUGUGGUGUGGUGGGACCCAGAUAUUCAGCAUCUAGCUGAUGAUGAUAAUGACCAGAACUCUUUUUCCCUCACCUGGCCCCAGUAUCAGGAUCUGCUAAAAGCAAGAUGUGGGAUGCAAGUGCCUCUGAACUCAUCAGUGUGUGUAGGUGUACACCAUUCAGAAUGGGGAAGACUGGCACUGUUUGACUUCCUGCUACAGGUGAAUGACAGACUUGACCGAUACUGCUGUGGGUUCCAGCCCGACCCUGCUGAUAUGUGUGUGGAGAACCUUCUCAAUGUUAAAUGUGCAAACCCUAAAGAUUUAAUGCUGGUGCAUAUUCUGGUUCGGAGGACAGAUCCCUCCAGACUGGUCUUUAUAGAUAAUGCAGGCAGGCCUCAUCACCCACAAGACAACCUCAACUUCAGACUGAUUGAGGGCAUUGAUGAGUUUCCGGAGAGAGCUUUGUCAGUGCUGCGGUCUGGCUGUCUAGAGCCGCUGCUCCUGCGCUCGCUGUCUGUGGAUAAGGAGCUGUGGGAUAGUCAAGGAGGAGCAGCAGGCCUCAGAGCCACCAUCCACAAUCUCCAGCGCAGAGCUCAAAUCCUGCUGCAGCACAUCCAGAACAAGAGAGUAAACACUGAUCUGUGAAACUAUACCUAUUCAAAAGAACUUAUACUGACUACAAGCAGGCAAGGUAAAAGUUUACAAGUUGUGAUUUUUUAAAUUAAUAAUAGGUUGUGAUAUCUGUAGCUGUUGCUGCAUCUUGUGCAUAAUAAUAAUAAGAAGAAUAAGAUACUAAAUGUUGUGCUACAGUUAUUUGGCAAUGUGAAACAACGGCUUGGUGCAGUGCACUUAUAAGAAAGUACUUCAUCUAAUAUUGAUGGUGACCAUUCUCAAGAAUGAAUUUGGGAUGUUUUUAUUGAUUUUUUUUUUUCUUACUGGUACUCUAACCUAAAAGUAAGCUAGUUAAGUUAGUUAGCUAGUUAAGGCAUCUGUGUCUCCUGUAGUCCUAUGUUUGAUUUAGCAAAUGUGGGAAGCAAAGUUAAACUUUAAAAAAAAAAUGCAUCAUACAAUACACUUUUGAUUUGUGAGGCUGUUUUACAGAAAUGAAUUUGGUCUGUUGUGCAUUGCACAUUGUUGUGUGCUCAAAAUUCUUACAAAAAUCCCAUUAUGCAGUAGAAAUGUCCAAAGAUUCAAUAUAAUCAACAGGGUUGAUUUUAUCAGUUCUGAAAAUCUAGAUUACAUCAUCUUUUACUAAUUAAAGCUAUUCUUCACAAAAAAAAAUUAUGUUAUUAUUUACUGGAAGCAGCGAUCACAAUAAUGCAUGACACAUAAAAGACUGACUGACUUGUUUCCAGGUUAUUAAGAGAUUACAAUUAACGUUACAAUUAACCUUAACUAUGUUAAGAUAACAGCUUUGCAAUGAAAUGAUCUUUCUUUGUUUUGUUUUGUUUUUAAAGGGAGAAAAUGGUGUCUAAAUUUCAGUUGUAUAUAAGGUCGUCGAACUGCUAUAAAAUUGUCUGUUUUACAUAAUAUAUUCUUGAUAAGCAUCAUGUGAAUACUAGUUGUACUAGUUUUUGAUACAUGAUCAAAUAACAGUUAUUUGUAGUGUACUCAGACUUUUGGACCGUACUGGGGCCAAAUCUGCCAGUCAUCUGCUGCAGUGUGAACAGGAGAACACACUGAAUGUGGCCUGCUGUAGACAGCUGAAGAGAUGCUGCUAGGUGGAAAGGCAUGUCUAAGAAAGGAAAUACUGUGUCAGCAUUUCUUUUGCUACAAAGAGAGUUAACUCUUUCAGUUGUACAGCUUUGCUCGGUUGACCAACUUGCACACACAUUUUGGUGCUAAAUAGCUAAACAAUUCUUCAGUGUUUUAGCUGAGGUAUGAGGAUUUAGGUAUGAGGUGUGAGACUUAAUAAAGUUUUCUUUUCCCAGAAUGUUGUAAUGUGUAUGUUGUUUGUACUUAUGUUUUUUUUUUUUUUAUGCCUGCCAUAAUAAUUCUUUUUGGAAUUAUUCAGGAGAAUUAAAUUGAAUUGAAUUUGGUCAAAGGUCAAGCUUCUCUAUAUUAUUUGUUUGGGGGUUUCAAACCUCCGAGCAGAAAUACACUGCUGUCAGAACAUCUGGAUAACGUUGAUGUAACUAUGAACAAACUACGAACUUCAGCAUUAUGACAACGUAAAUAAUAUUACCAAAUUAACACUUGUAUAAUUGAUCUUUUUUUUUUUAAUAAUAAUCCAAAUCAGCCAAAUAAUCAACACUUGCAUUAGACAAUGUUCAUACAAUCACUGAGUAAAACUAAGCCCAUGAUGAGCAAUAACACCUUAAUGAACAUGUUUUCGGUUGUUAACUGGCAACAUUCAGAACUGAGGCUGGAAAGCAAGUUCAGAUAUUUAUACCUGGAGGUCAGUAUUUU